AUGAAUUAUACUACACAGACGAUUCCAUUAAUAAAUAAGAGUGAAGCACCGGAAGAACAGAAUUCCAAGGAACCUGCGGAGGUGAAAGUAUUUGGGAAAGGGUUCUUUAAGGCAUAUCCAUAUGUUACCAAGUACAAAUCUAGAGAAAUCGAUAUGAGAUUGGUAUUCACCAGUUUUGUUGUUGCGCUGUCAGUGACGGUUGUGUUUCUAAUCGGGGUAAAUAUUGUCAUUCAAUAUAGGACGAUUAAUAUGGAAAGGACAUAUGAAAUGAUAAGGAAGGUUUUCUUCAUCUUGUUGAGUGCCUUAAGCAUCAUUGGGUUGAUUCAAGCCAGUAGCUGGAUAUUCGAGAAGAUAAACUGUCAUAGAAAGAAGAUCAAAUAUGGGGGAGAUUUUGAAAUGGUGAGUAUGUCACGGUAG